AUGACUUUUGCCAGUCCCCGAAUCUUACUCGUCGAUUCGUACGACUCAUUCACGCACAAUCUUGCAGCUUUGUGCCGUCGCUCGAUUCCCAAUUGCUCGGUCCACAUCAUAAAAAACGAUGAGCUGUUUUUGGAAGCAGUGAAGCCCAACCUGCAAUAUUUUUCAGCAAUCAUCGUUGGGCCAGGCCCAGGAUCUCCCAGCAAACCCGAGGAUAUUGGGAUUGUUCGUGAUCUCUGGAAGUUGGACAGCGAGCACGUCCUCCCCAUCUUUGGCGUCUGUCUCGGGCUCCAGAGCUUGGUUUUGGAGUUUGGAGGGGAGUUGAAAAGGCUCCACACCGUCAAGCAUGGCCAGAUUUCCAAAGUCGAGCAUGUUCCGUCCGAAAUCUUCCAGGAUGUCGGGGAAAUCCAUGCCGUUCGAUACCACUCGCUGCAUGUUGCCCUUCCUUCGGAUGGGUCCGUCGAAGAACUGGCAUGGGUUGAUGAAGAAGAGAAUGGACAUGUUGUCAUGGCUGUCAAACACACCCGACUCCCCUUUUGGGCCGUCCAAUACCACCCCGAAUCGGUUCGUACCGAAGGAGGCGGAUGGAAGGUUCUCAGUAAUUUCUGGACUCUGUGCCAGGAGUGGUCGAAGAACAAUGGGCGGGCACCUACCCCCUGGAACCCCUCUAUUCAAAACGAAGUCGGGGCAUUGUGGCCCUACAACCAUUCCUUUAGCGUAAAGCGCCCUAGCACGACACCAUCCCUCGCCUCAGUCCUCAGCCGCGCCGUCAAUUUGCCCAUCACCUCACUUCCCGCCGUUUGUGAGCACCUAGGUGUACUGGAUGAACGAUCCAAGUUCGUCGUCCUCGACUCCGCCUCCAACCCAGGACGAUUUUCGAUCAUCGGCUGUUUGCUCCCCAAUUCACUGCACAUCACGCAUUAUGUUGGUGAUCCAUUCGUGACUCUCACCAGAGGGUCUCAGACCGCUUCCGAGCUAUUAGGCUCCCAAGAUAUUUGGCAAUGGCUGGCGUCUUACAUCAGGACAAAGUCAGGCCCUAAAGGCGACCCUGCCAUUCCCUUCUGGGGUGGCUUCAUUGGAUACUUCAGCUAUGAAUCCGGCCUUCCCACUCUCCACGUUCCUCUGAUACACCGCAAGGACAGGCGCCACCCAGAUGUCAACUUGGUCUACGUGGAGAGGAGCAUAGUGUUCGACAACGAAACAGGCAAAGCCCACAUCCAGUCUCUGCUCCCCAGUGAUGAAGAUUGGAUGGACCAAAUGUCUAAGGACCUUUCCAUCCUCGCUCAACCUCAACCGAGACGACGAUCCAGCAUCUCGUUGCCUCCAGUUUCCAAGGUCAUUCUCCCAGAACAAGAUCAAUACAUCUCCAAGAUCAAGCAGGCAAAGGAAUACCUCUAUUCUGGAGAUUCUUACGAGCUCUGCCUCACCGCUCAGACCAAGAUUUUGAUACCGCAUCAGCAAAGCAAGGGUUCAACCACCUCGACUUCUUGGGAGCGAUACCUGCGACUACGGGAGAAGAAUCCGGCGCCCCAUUCCGCCUAUAUUCGCCUUCACCCGACCACCCUCAUGUCAUCCUCGCCUGAACGCUUCCUCUCUUACUCCCGUCCACCUCAUUCUGUGUGCCAGCUACGACCUAUCAAGGGCACAGUCCGCAAGGGCCCAGGGAUCACUCGGGAAGUGGCUACUCAGUUGCUAGCCGGAAGUCCCAAAGAGGUUGCCGAAAACCUCAUGAUCGUCGACUUGAUUCGCCAUGAUCUACAUGGAGUGGUGGGGGACAACGUUGUUGUUUCAAAGUUUUGUGGCGUUGAAGAGUACGAGACCGUCUGGCAACUUGUUUCUGUCAUUGAGGGCAAGGAAGACCCGUCUGUGUCUGUCGAGGAGGAGCUGGGUUGGAACGUUCUCAAGGCCAGUCUACCGCCAGGCAGUAUGACAGGCGCACCCAAGAAACGGAGUGUCGAAAUCCUCCAGCACCUCGAAGGUGCCGAGCGUGAAGUGUACUCUGGUGUCUUUGGGUACUGGGACAUCGGAGGCGGGGGCGAUUGGUCUGUGACCAUCCGCAGCUGCUUCAAGUACGACGAUAGAUCUUCGUCCAAAGACAAAACCGAAGAGUGGGCGAUCGGGGCCGGCGGUGCCAUCACUGCCCUGUCUGAUCCAGAUGCAGAAUGGGACGAGAUGGAGGUUAAGCUUCAGAGCGUCCUGAAGUCAUUUGGUUGUCACAUCACCAAUUUUGUGAACGGAGGAGAAGCGGAGGCUCCUUUAUGA